AUGACCUGUGCCAUACACCAAGAUGAGCUCACAGCUGUGAAUGUGAAACAAGGCUUCAACAACCAGCCAGCCUUCACUGGAGAUGAGCAUGGCUCUGCCAGGAACAUUGUCAUUAACCCAUCAAAGAUUGGAGCUUAUUUUAGCAGCAUAUUAGCUGAGAAACUAAAGCUUAACACUUUUCAAGAUACUGGAAAGAAGAAACCCCAAGUUAAUGCUAAAGAUAAUUACUGGCUUGUAACAGCUCGAUCUCAGACUGCAAUUCAUAGUUGGUUCUCUGACUUAGCAGGAAAUAAACCACUUGCUAUUUUGGCAAAAAAGGUUCCCAUUCUUAGUAAAAAAGAAGAUGUUUUCGCAUAUCUAGCUAAGUAUUCUGUGCCAAUGGUUCGAGCAAUGUGGCUGAUCAAGAUGACCUGUGCCUAUUAUUGUGCUAUUUCUGAAGCUAAGAUUAAGAAACGUCAGCCUACUGAUCCAAAUUUGGAGUGGACACAGAUAUCUACUAGAUACCUUCGAGAGCAGUUGGUCAAGAUCUCUGACUUUUACCACAUGGCCUCCUGCACAAGCGAUGGCCCUGUCCCUGUGUCUGCCGAGGUGGAACAGGCCAUGAAGCAGUGGGAGUACAAUGAGAAGCUGGCAUUCCACAUGUUCCAGGAAGGAAUGCUGGAAAAGCAUGAAUAUCUUACAUGGAUCUUGGAUGUUCUAGAGAAAAUCAGACCAAUGGAUGACGAUCUUCUUAAACUCUUGUUACCACUAAUGUUGCAGUAUUCAGAUGAAUUUGUUCAGUCAGCCUACCUGUCCCGACGUCUUGCCUACUUCUGUGCCCGGCGUCUCUCUUUGCUGCUGAGUGACAGCCCCAGCCUGCUGGCUGCUCACUCCCCUCACAUGAUGAUGGGACCAGGCACUGCAGGCAUCGGGGCCCCCAGCCCCGGGCCCCCCGGCCCUGGCGUGAUCCCUGUGCAGCUGGCAUUCUCGGACUUCCUUUCCUGUGCACAACAUGGCCCCCUGGUUUAUGGACUCAGUUGUAUGUUACAGACUGUCACUCUCUGUUGCCCAAGUGCCUUGGUGUGGAACUAUUCCUCCAACGAAAAUAAGAGCACGGCCCCAGGCUCACCCCUGGACCUGCUGCAGGUGGCGCCCUCCAGCCUCCCCAUGCCCGGCGGGAACACAGCUUUCAAUCAGCAGGUUCGGGCAAGGAUUUAUGAGGUUGAGCAGCAGAUAAAACAAAGAGGCCGUGCAGUGGAAGUUCGGUGGUCUUUUGACAAGUGCCAAGAGUCAACAGCAGGGGUGACAAUUGGUCGGGUUUUGCACACACUGGAGGUCUUGGAUCGUCACUGUUUUGACCGAACUGAUCCCAGCAAUUCAAUGGAGACACUUUAUCAUAAGGUUUUCUGGGCAAACCAAAACAAAGACAACCAGGAGGUUGCUCCCAAUGAUGAAGCUGUGGUGACACUGUUAUGUGAAUGGGCUGUGAGCUGCAAACGCUCAGGCAAGCACAGGGCCAUGGCUGUGGCCAAACUCUUGGAGAAGAGACAAGCAGAAAUUGAGGCAGAGAGAUGUGGUGAGUCUGAAGCUCUCGAUGAGAAGGAGUCUAUUUCUUCAGCCUCUCUUACUGGGUCCAGUUUGCCUGUUUUCCAGAAUGUUCUUCUAAGGUUUUUAGAUACACAGGCUCCCUCAUUGUCGGAUCCCAGCAGUGAGCGUGAGAAGGUGGAAUUUGUGAACCUGGUGCUGCUCUUCUGUGAGUUCAUCCGCCAUGAUGUCUUCUCCCAUGAUGCCUACAUGUGCACCCUCAUCUCCCGAGGAGACCUGUCAGUCACUGGACCGCAGUCCCCAGCGGGAGACCACAUGGAUGAGCACUGUUUGAAGGACCGUGACGGGAGGAUGGAGAUUUUUUCUCCCAUGCCUGGAGAGUCCUGUGAAAAUGUCAACUCUUCCUUGGGCGGAAGGAUGUCGGUGAAUGGUGAGAAAUUCAUGAAGAGAGAAAAACCAAGAGACUUAAUUUUUCCAUCUAAUUAUGACCUCCUCCGUCACUUGCAGUACGCAACACAUUUUCCUAUACCCCUGGAUGAAUCUUCAAGUCAUGAGUGUAACCAGCGCACAGUCCUUCUCUACGGAGUGGGCAAAGAGCGUGAGGAAGCGCAGCAUCAACUGAAGAAGAUUACCAAAGACCUUCUGAAGAUCCUGAACAAGAAGAGCACCACAGAGACAGGGGUUGGCGAUGAAGGACAAAGAGCCAGGAAGAACAAACAAGAGGCCUUCCCAACACUGGAGGCCGUGUUCACAAAACUCCAGCUCCUUUCGUAUUUUGAUCAGCAUCAAGUGACAUCUCAGAUCUCUAACAACGUGCUGGAGCAGAUCACAAGCUUUGCCUCCGGGGCCUCCUUCCACCUCCCGCUGGCUCACCACAUCCAGCUCAUCUUUGAUCUCAUGGAGCCGGCGCUGAAUAUCAACGGAUUGAUUGAUUUCGCAAUACAGCUACUAAAUGAGCUGAGUGUGGUGGAAGCUGAACUGCUCCUAAAGUCCUCCAGCCUGGCAGGAAAUUACACAACGGGGCUGUGCGUCUGCAUAGUGGCUGUCCUCAGGCGGUACCACAGCUGUCUGAUCCUGAAUCCUGAUCAGACAGCCCAGGUGUUUGAAGGGCUGUGCGGCGUGGUGAAGCACGUGGCCAACCCCUCAGAGUGUUCUUCUCCAGAGAGGUGCAUCUUAGCCUACCUCUACGAUCUCUAUGUGUCCUGUAGCCACCUCAGAAGUAAAUUUGGAGACCUCUUUAGUAGUGCCUGUUCAAAGGUAAAGCAAACCAUAUAUAACAAUGUGAUGCCUGCAAAUUCCAACCUGCGGUGGGACCCAGACUUCAUGCUGGACUUCAUUGAGAACCCUUCAGCCCGCAGCAUCAACUACUCGGUGCUGGGCAAGAUCCUCAGCGACAAUGCGGCCAACCGCUACAGCUUUGUCUGCAACACCCUCAUGAACGUGUGCAUGGGCCACCAGGACCCCAGCAGGAUUAAUGACAUAGCCAAUUUCUCCUCCGAGCUUACCGCCUGUUGCACGGUCCUCAGUUCAGAGUGGCUGGGUGUUCUGAAGGCUCUUUGUUGUUCUUCAAAUCACGUGUGGGGGUUUAAUGAUGUACUUUGCACUGUAGAUGUGAGUGACCUUUCAUUCCAUGAUUCAUUAGCUACUUUCAUUGCUAUUCUGAUAGCACGACAGUGUUUCUCCCUGGAGGACGUCGUGCAGCACGUUGCUCUGCCCUCGCUCCUGGCGGCAGCUUGCGGAGACGCCGACGCGGAGCCGGGGGCCAGGAUGACGUGCAGACUCCUGCUUCACCUCUUCCGAGCUCCUCAGGCCUGCCUGUCACCGCAGGCGACCGGCAAACCUUUCCCUGGAAUAAGAUCCUCCUGUGAUAGACACCUGCUAGCCGCUGCUCACAACAGCAUUGAAGUGGGAGCCGUUUUUGCUGUCUUAAAAGCAAUUAUGAUGCUGGGAGAUGCCAAAAUCGGUAGUAGCACUGUCAGCUCUUUGAAGAAUGAUGAGUUCACUGUGAGGGGCUUGCGGCGUGAUGGGAAUGCAGAAGAUAUCUGGGCUAGCUCACAGAACUCGAAGUCCUGUGGGAAAGGGGUUUCCAUUGAAACUGCCAAUUUAAGGGAGUAUGCGCGAUAUGUGCUGAGGACUAUCUGCCAACAGGAAUGGGUAGGAGAACAUUGCUUAAAAGAACCUGAAAGAUUAUGCACAGACAAAGAGCUUAUACUGGACCCUGUGCUUUCAAAUGUGCAAGCACAGAGAUUAUUGCAGCUCAUUUGCUACCCGCAUGGCAUUAAAGAGUGUGCCGAGGGAGACAGCCUGCAAAGACAACACAUCAAACGCAUUCUCCAGAAUCUUGAGCAGUGGACACUGAGACAGUCCUGGCUGGAACUGCAACUAAUGAUCAAGCAGUGCGUGAAGGACCCUGGCUCCGGUUCUGUGGCUGAAAUGAACAACUUAUUGGACAAUAUUGCAAAGGCCACCAUAGAGGUCUUCCAGCAGUCUGCAGAUUUGAAUAGCAGCUCCUCUAGCGCUGGCCUGAGCCUCUUCCACCCGCAUGGUGCUGGAAAUGCUGAUGCGAGUAGCACGCGGCAAACCGGAGUAAAGACAUUUCUGAGUUCCUCGGAGCGCAGGGGCGUGUGGCUGGUGGCCCCCCUCAUCGCCAGGCUGCCAACCUCUGUCCAGGGAAGGGUGCUGAAGGCUGCUGGAGAAGAGCUAGAGAAGGGGCAGCACCUGGCCUCCUCUUCAAAGAAGGAGAGAGACCGACAGAAGCAGAAAAGCAUGUCUCUCCUGAGCCAGCAGCCGUUCCUCUCCCUGGUCCUCACCUGCCUCAAGGGGCAGGACGAGCAGCGGGAAGGCCUUCUGACGUCGCUGCAGAAUCAAGUGAACCAGAUCUUAAGUAACUGGAGGGAAGAGCGCGACCAGGCUGACAUAAAGGCGCGGCAGGCGGUGCACGAGGCCUUGCAGCUCCGCUUAAAUCUGGUGGGAGGCAUGUUCGACACCGUGCAGAGGAGUGCUCAGUGGACCACGGACUGGGCCCUCCUGUUUCUGCAGAUAAUCACCUCGGGAGCCGUGGACAUGCACACUAACAACGAAUUAUUCACCACAGUUCUUGACAUGCUGGGUGUCCUAAUCAAUGGGACGUUAGCCUCUGAUCUAUCAAACGCAUCCCCAGGGGGGUCUGAAGAGAAUAAACGAGCAUACAUGAACCUGGUGAAGAAACUGAAAAAAGAGCUUGGAGACAAGCGGUCAGAAAGCAUUGAUAAAGUUCAACAGUUGCUACCUUUGCCAAAACAGACAUGUGAUGUCAUCACUUGUGAGCCUAUGGGUUCUUUGAUCGACACAAAAGGAAACAAAAUUGCUGGAUUUGACUCUAUCGAUAAAAAACAGGGGCUCCAGGUCUCUACCAAGCAGAAAGUGUCCCCAUGGGACUUGUUUGAGGGCCAGAAGAACCCAACUCCUCUCUCCUGGGCCUGGUUUGGGACUGUCCGUGUGGAUCGAAGAGUAAUCAGAUACGAGGAGCAGCACCACCUCCUUCUGUACCACACACACCCCACGCCCAAGCCCCGGAGCUACUACCUGGAGCCGCUGCCCCUGCCUCCCGAGGAGGAAGAGGAGGAGCCCACAUCUCCCGUGUCUCAGGAACCAGAAAGGAAACCAGCUGAGCUGCCAGAUCCCGGGAAAAACGCAGCCGAUGAAGAAAAGAAGACAAAGGGCAGGAAGCGCAAGACCAAGUGCGGCUCGCGCAUGGAUGAGUAUCCACAGAGCAACAUAUACCGAGCACCUCCUAAUUACUCACCCAUUUCCUCCCAAGUGAUGCACCACGCACCGCCAACCGUGUGGGGUUACAACCUCGUGGGCCAGCCCCCUCAGCCUGCCUUCUUCCUUCAGAACCAGUCUCUUACUCCAGGAGGCUCCAGGUUGGACCCCGCGGGCUCCAUUGUGCCAGCCAGCACCAAGCAAGCGCUGUCCUACAUGCUCCAGCGGCGCUCGGGCGCCGUGACGCAGCCCCUCACCCUUCACGGGCUCACUUCCCAGCAGCAGUUCAUACAGAUGAAGCUUCUGCAGCAGCAGCAACAGCACCGUCUUCUCAGGCAGGCCCAGACUCGACCUUUCCAGCAGGCCCAGCCCGGGGACCCGGCGGCUCUGUUUGCUGCACAAGCACGGCCUUCUCCUCAGCCCCCUCAGUACCCAGGGCUGCAGCAGGCGCAGACCAUGCCCCAGGGGUACACGAUGUACGGAACUCAGACACCUCUGCAGCCAACGGUACAGCCGCAGGCCGGUGGUGCGGUCCUGUCCCCCGGCUACAAUGGCAGAGCCCAUCCAGCUGCACACUCCAGCCCCGUGCUGGUGGACCGCCUCCGGCAGAUGCAGCCGCAGCCCGGUGGCUAUGUGCAGCGGCAGGCGCCGCAGUACCUGCAGACCUUGGCUAGCGCUCAGAGACUGACUCAUCAGGCUCUGCCGCAGAGCCCUCUGGUGGGCACAGGCGUCUCGGCUGUGCUGACCUCGGCACCUCCAGCCCUCCCCUCAGUCCCCCCGCCUCAGGACCCCGGGAGGCCCGGACAGCCGCCAGCCCGACCGCAGCAGAGACUCCUCCAGCUCCCCCGGCAGGGCCUGCAACAGACCCAGCAGCAGCAGCAGACGGCCGCCCUGGUGCGCCAGCUCCAGAAGCAGCUGUCCAGUAACCAGCCACAGCAGGGAGAGGCUCCGUAUGGACACCCUUCACACUUCUAGACCUGGAAACAAAGACGUGCUCUUCAUGUGUGCCCUGGAGCGUAGAAAGGCAAAGUUAAUGUAUUAGUCACCCAGACAGAGGUCCUUGCGGGCUUUCAUUUCUUUGAUGUUUUCCGAUAUUUUAUGCUGUAUUUCAUACAGAGGCAUUUAAAUGGAAAAGCGAACACGUGGUUUGGUGUUGUCACAUUCAACUUUAAAGCAGACUUAAAAAUGUAGAUUAUGCAGCCUACACCAGAGUGUGAUAGCAAGCCUUUUGCAAUUGGUGCUUUUUUUAAUCUCAUAUUUACAGAAGGAAUUAUGGUUAGUUUAAAUAUUUAUGUAUUUGUUAAUGGUGAAAAAGGUAUCAUUGUUUCAAAACUGGCGGACCAAACUGCUGAUUGGAAAGGCAUGGCAGAUCGUGCAGGAAAGUGACCCAUUCAUUCACCUGUGGUGGUGAAUCGGACAGUUAUUUGAAAUGUUUUAUCAUUUCAUAAGCACUUUAUAAACUUCAUUCUUAUUUAUGUAGGACUUUGCUUCUGUUGUGGUCAAAGGUGCUGAAGCAAUCUGUUGCUUAGUACUUGAACUUCUUUCAAGGCUUCCGCAUGAGCCCCCCACCCCGAGGUCCCUGGGAGCCCGUCAGCAGCUGCACCCCGAUUUGUUUUCAGUAGUAAGCGCCUUGGCACGAGUGUUUGGGAAGGAACAGGCCCACAGGGACUGCAGCGGAGCGUCCUGCUGGCUGGCUAUCAGCUUGGGAGACGCGACUGCCUGGGUUGGGUCCUCCUGCCAGUCCUGCGGCUGGCCUGGGAUGCCACAUUGCCCAGACCUGGCAUCCAGAGACCCCGGUUUUCAUAAAAGGUGUCAUUAAUGUUUAUUUUGUGAGGUAAGUAUUUGCUGUUUUGAAUUUAAUUAUCAAUGUUGUCCAUCUUGAUUGUGCAUUACAUAUACUGUAUUUAUAAGUUGGUGCAAAAAGCACAAGUAAAUUAUACAUCAAAUUUAUUAUAAAGAAAUAGUAACUAUUUUAACUUUGUUCAAGUAUGUGGUAAUUUGCUCCUAUUAGAUAAUAAGAAUAAGAAUACAGUAAAUUAUUAUCAGUUUGUGUAAAUUUAAAAGUACUCCAUAUAAUAUUUUUUUAGAUUUAGAUGCAUAAAAUUUUGAAUGUGAAACUUGCAGGGCAUUUUAAAACGUGUGGGGGUAUUUUCCCAAGUUCUGUGUUAAUUCCUUUUCUUUGGGCCGUAUAAUUUUUACAUGUAAUAUAGUUGAGCAUACUGUGAGAUUUGUCUACAACGAGCAAACUACAUAGAACUACUUUUUUUAAAUGUAGCUAGUACAGCUCCAGGCAGCGUCUGUACAGAUCACCCUGUGAUUAUUUACUGAAUCUCCCAGGCGGGUCUCGCAUGGCAGAGCCUGAGCUCAGACGCGUCUCAGCUCACGUUGCUGUGGCAGCAGCCGUGUGAACUGCUUUGUACACUGUGAAAAUAUCUCGCUCCAGCCGCUCAUUGUGUGUUUACUAUGGGCUGGGAAAGACUUUGCCAAAACAUUACACACCCUUCUUUUCACUAAGUUAACGUUCUCUCUGCUUUCAGAAGACGUAUCUUUAUCUUUCAUCUGGUUGUAUGCAUCUUCCACUUCCUGAGAGUGAUAGGUCCACCCAAGUGUGAACAUUGUGCCCCGUCCUUGCUGGCUUCUUUUCAAAGAUUAUGGAUAGUUAAAACACCAUUUUUUCAGUUGGAACCAUAUAUUUUUAUAGUCUAUAUUACAAACAGCAGUAAUACUGUUUUAAGAAUGAGUGUUAUAUUUGCAUAGCAUUUGUAUGCACUUUACAUGUUUUUAAGUUAAUUUAUUAAUAAUUUUGUAUAUGAAAUCUAUGGGUAGAUUUUUCUUGUUUUAAAGUGGGAAUUUGGAAGUUUAGUAAAAAUGCAGAGCUUUUUUCCACUGUAUAUUCUAAGAAAAGCAAUGUGGGGGGCUGGGAAGCUGGCUCAAUGGUAGAGCGCUU